AGAACACUUCGAGGAGUAAUAAAAGAACCAACACGACUUGACUUGACUCCCCGCCAUUCCAGCAGAAGCAGUCAUCGGUCGAGAUGAAAGCCUUCACACUUGCGCUCUUCGCGACAGCCGUAGCUGCGCAAGCUGGCACCGCACAAGACCCUUUCCUGUUCACAGCAACGACCCAAGGCUCCUCGCAGGCCUUACAAGAAGCCGUCAUCAACGCGAACGGCAAGGCCUUCUGGGUCGGCAAGCCCACGACCAACGAAUGCCAAAAAGACGCGGACCCGAAAUCAGCGAUCUGCGAUUCCAACACGAAAAACAACCACACAACCAUCUUCUCCUACGUGAACGGCGAAGACAAGUUUUCAUUGAGCGUCAAUAUCAAAGGCGGACAAGCAGUCUACGUGGACCCGUCAGAUGGACACCUGGCGUUCACGGCCGGAGGCGAUUUCGGGAAGUAUCCGGAUGGCGCGGUGGUGAAUGGGUUCGCGAAAGUGAGGACGAAGUUGGUGUUUGAGGACAUGGAUUGGAUUGCUUGUCCUACGGAUGGUGGUAAUGUAUAUCAGAUUUUCGCGUUGAGUAGGAGUAAAGCGACAGGCUGUUCGGGGAUAACGUUUGUAUUGACGGAUGCGAAGCCGCCGUAUCGUGGUGGGCCGAGUACGGCUUAUGUGUACGUAUGAGGAAGGAGGUCUGAGGAGAGCAGGAGAUGAGGUAGAGCUGCAACAUUCAUCUCCGUUCGAAGUCGAUGCAUGUCUCUCUUCC